AAACCCUAGCGUUAUUACUUUCUCGUCUCUGGAUAGAGUGCUGUGCUGAUUGAGGCUAUCGCAGAUCCACUCUCAUCAGCAGGAGCUGAGGUGCCCUUAUUCUAUCUCUGAGCGAUGUAUACCUCAAAGACAAAAAUCCACAAGGAUAAGGAUGCAGAGCCUACUGAGUUUGAGGAAACUGUAGCACAGGCCUUGUUUGAUUUGGAGAACACUAACCAAGAGCUCAAAAGUGACUUGAAGGACCUCUACAUCAAUUCUGCUAUACAAAUUGAUGUUUCAGGAAGCAGGAAGGCUGUUGUGAUCAAUGUGCCUUACAGGCUGAGAAAGGCCUUCCGAAAGAUUCAUGUUAGACUUGUUAGGGAACUAGAGAAGAAAUUCAGUGGGAAGGAUGUUGUUCUGAUUGCUACAAGAAGGAUUGUGAGGCCUCCGAAGAGAGGUUCAGCUGUUCAACGCCCACGUAGCAGGACACUAACCGCUGUUCACGAAGCAAUGUUGGAAGAUGUUGUUGUCCCAGCCGAGAUUGUUGGCAAGCGGGUUAGAUAUCGCCUUGAUGGAUCCAAGAUAAUGAAGGUUUUCUUGGACCCAAAGCAGAAGAAUGACACUGAAUACAAGCUGGAAACGUUUUCCGCAGUCUACAGGAAGCUCUCGGGCAAAGAUGUUGUCUUUGAGUACCCAAUAACGGAUGCUUAAAGAAAUACACCUUAGUUUCCAUCGUUUGUUAUGUAAACUGGAAAUUUGUAGUUUAAUAUCAAAAUUUUGGUAUUCAUAGUGUUUGGUUAGAUGGCAGAAAACUAUAUGGAGCCCAUUUUGAGUUUUCUUGCUGAGAUACUUGUAAUGCCAACUUAAAGUUCCAGACAUGUUCUCUAUGAAAAUUUAGUAGUAUUUGCUGUUCA